CUUGGAACGAUCUAUAUUAAGAUGAGUCUUGGUGGUGGACAUUGCAUUGCCAAUGUGGGGAUUGGGUUCCUCGUGACUAUGCAUAAACAGUCAAUGACCAUUUUCUUUCGCCUAGAUAUUCCAAUCUACUUCUACGCACCACCUUUCUCCCUUGACUUCAACAUGAACAGCACAGUGUGUGUAGGGCAGAAUUUUGAAUUCCAAUGCCGCGCAGAGCCUAUCAACUACGGCAUCAACUUGACCCUUUACCGACUCGAUCCUCUCUUCACACUUUCCAGUCUUGAGGCAGCCAAUAACUAUGGUACGGGCAUCGACUUCAGAAAUACCAGCACCCAAGCUAUUCAGACAUCCUCAGGAAGAAAUGUCAAGAGUCGACACCUAAAGUACAGGCUCAACUCUAUCAGUGGGAACGACACUGGUGGCUACCUUUGUGUGGCCUCUGUGCCCAACAUGCACGCGGCCCGAUGGAGCUACAUGUUCCUCCAGGUGGACGAUUGUACUGGUCCCAGCGCUUCGGCAUCCACAAAGCUCUUCCAUGAACGUGCUUUGGAAGUGUUUACAAGUCCCUCAGCCCUCACCUUCAUCUGUCUCCUACUAGCAAUUCUUCUUGUGACUCUGACAGCCCUUGUAAUUCUCUCCUGGCGUCGACAGCGGCUUUCACUCUUCUUAUUCGGGUCCAAAAAGUGGAGCAAGACGGCAAACAAGGUGGUGAGAGAGACCAACCUACUGUAUCCGUGGUCCGCACCUCCCUAUCACAAUUGCUCCCAUCAGUUAGCUAAAGAUACUACCAAUGGCUCAACAGCCUCCUACGUCGGAAUACGAUCGAGUGGCGUGUGCUCCCGAGUCGGAAGGAAUCUUCAGGUACCGGCAGUGAUAAUUCAAGUGGAUGCGUCAGUCACUGCAGGAGGUGGCGGUGGUGACGGUGUUGGAGAUAGUGAGAAUGGUGAUGAAGCUGGUGGCAAGUCGAGUAUUUACAAGAUCCCCAGCGACCCUGCCUGGGAGGUGCCUCGCGACUGUGUGCGUCUCGGUCGCCAAAUUGGUGCUGGUGCCUUUGGGGUAGUUUUCGCAGGCGUGAUCAGCGAACCUGCUAAGGUGCUACCUGGACUGCGUCGCGGUGACCCCCUCGACCGGUCUUGUUGCAGUGCGCAGGAGCUCACUGUCGCUGUUAAAACGCUGCGCAACAAUUUCACUGAACAGGAAUUGGCAGACCUGGUUCGUGAAAUGGAAAUUCUUAAACAAUUUGAGCCGCACCCCCAUGUCAUCCAACUCUACGGUGUCUGCACACAAAACGGUCGGCUGCAGAUGCUGGUUGAAUUGGCGCCUUACGGAAACCUUCGCGACUUUCUCAUGGAUCGCAGACCAUGCGCCGGGCAAAAAAUGAUCAACCAGCCUCUCCCUCGACUCUCCACAGGUCAUCUUGUCAGCUUUGGAUUGCAAGUUGCACGCGGCAUGGACUACCUCGCUAGACUGAAUAUUGUUCAUCGUGACCUCGCCGCUCGUAACAUUCUCAUUGGCAACAGAUUUGUGGCCAAAAUAGCGGAUUUCGGACUAACAAGAUCUGUCUGUGAUUACUACAGGAAAUGUAGUGAUGGAAGGCUACCAAUUAAAUGGAUGGCUCCUGAAUCCAUAUUCGACCGGCGGUAUACCGCUAAAAGCGAUGUGUGGUCUUUUGGAAUUCUUCUGUGGGAAAUCUUCUCCUUCGGUGGAACGCCUUACCCGACCCUUUCAGCAGAGGCACUCUUAAAGGCCCUUCAAUUGGGUUUACGGAAUGAGCAGCCCCUCGCCUCGCCUGCAUCGGUCUACAAUCUCAUGCUAGCUUGUUGGUCUAUCGACCCAGCAGCUAGACCGUCAUUUGCUCAUCUUGUGUCUUCCCUCCAGCAAGUCCACGAUGACACCACCGCUGCUGCCCACGAGCAUUCUCCUUCGGCCUCCAUUUCUUCGGCUUCUUCAUCGUCACUUUCGUCCACUUCUUCAUCCUCUUCCCGAUCGUCCUCCCCCACUGUCUCCACCGUUUACUUGACUUUGAACAAUACCAUCACUAACGUCAACACCAUCAACAACAACGAGGUUUUGCACCAUUACGACAACCAGAACGUCCAUGGCAGCACUCUCAGUCCUCCAAUCCCCCCCUCCAUCUAUGAAACGAUUGUGGUUCGAGCACCUCUAGCAGAGCAGUGUCCAUCUUCCUCCUUCUCAGGGAAUUUCCAAGCUCAUCAGGGGUCUCUGAGGCCGCCGGUGGGUGCGGAGAGCAGUGUGGUUGUAAAUAAUUGCUAUGCUGAACGGGGACAGUACCUGCAGAGUAUACACAAGGCGUUCUCCAUGCAUAGCAAUUAUGUUGUGGUAGGUUAUUUCUAUCCACGGCUUCGCACUUAA